AUGAAUGUUAUCGAAAAAAUAGCGAGCCGGCCGAUGCUGUCGGAGAGACGCCGCGCCACGCUGGGAUCCAUGUAUUCUCUGGUGGGGACUCAUAGUGCUGUGAAGCUUUGCCGCUGGCAAAAGUCCAUGAUGCGUGGUAGGGGUGGGUGUUACAAGUGGACAAUGUAUGGAGUUCAAUCACACCGCUGUAUGGAGGCCACCCCAAGCAUGGCAUGUGCAAACAAUUGCGUCUUUUGCUGGCGCUUAAAUACUAACCCUACGGCAACGAAGUGGAAAUGGCAGGUGGAUGACCCGCAGGCCAUUGUGGAUGGAAUGUUGUCAAGUCACAAAUCGUUGAUUCAAGGGGUACGCGGCAUGCCGGGUGUGACAGACGAGAAACUGGAGGAGGCGAUGAACCCAAGGCACUGUGCACUUUCGCUUGUUGGUGAGAGUGUCUUGUACCCGUACGUGAACGCCUUUCUUCAUCUUCUCCAUGGAAAAAGAAUUUCCACAUUUCUUGUCAACAACGGUCAAUUCCCUGAUGCGUUGAGGGAGUUAACGCCCGUCACGCAGUUGUACCUCAGCGUGGAUGCCCCCAACAGGGAAACAAUGAAGAUUUUGGACCGCCCCGUGUUUCCCGAUUACUGGGAACGCUUUCAACAGAGUGUGAUUUACAUGAGUGCGAGAAGGGAGAGGACUGUUUUUCGUUUAACAAUGAUCAAUGAAUUUAACAUGAGCGAGGAAAACUUGUUGGAGUACAAAAGCCUUUUUGAAACCGGUCGACCGAACUUUGUUGAACUAAAACGCCUUACGCCGGCGUUUUCAGGAAACAGUCAAAGUAUUCUUCGUAUCAAAAAUGUUCCGUCAUGGGAACAACUGAAGGCGUAUGGAAAGCGGUUGUGUGACGUGAUAUUUGACGGGAAGGAGUAUGAAGUGGCCUCGCUGCAUGAGCAUUCCGGAUGCGUCCUGUUGGCGCAGAAACGGUUUAAAAUUGACGGAAAUUGGCAUACGUGGAUUGACUUUGAGAAGUUUAAUGCCAUGGUCCUUGACCCCGUUCUCUCCGACCAAAUCACAGCCAAUGCUUACUUGCGUCCGACCCCAUUCUGGGCAUUACCAGAGUCAGCAGGGGAAGGGUUUGAUCCCGCCCAGGAGAGGCACAUCACCGCAAAGCGUAGGAAGCACAUGAGUUUAGAGACGGUGGCGGAAGAUUGA